AUGGCUCGGGAACUGACGCGCUACAAGGUGGACAUCGCCGCACUCAGCGAGACUCGAUUCUCCGAACAAGGCCAACUGGGGGAGGUGGGUGUCCGCUACACCUUCUUCUGGAGUGGUCGCCCCAGGCCAGAGCGAAGUGAAGCGGGUGUCGCCUUCGUCAUCCGGAACAACAUCGUGGGACGACUGCCCUGUUUGCCGCAGGGCAUCAACAAUCGCCUGAUGACCCUCCGCCUGCCACUCCGGGGAGGUAUAUUCGUCACUAUCAUCGGCUCCUACACCCCAACAAUAACUGACUCAGGUCAGGCGAAUGCAAAGUUCUACGAGGACCUGCACACCCUCUUGGCGGCUGUGUCGAAGGCGGACAAGUUGAUUGUCCUUGGUGACUUCAACGCCCGCGUCGGCACAGACUAUGUCGCCUGGAGGGGAGUGCUGGGUCCUCACGGAAUCGCCAGUUGCAACGACAAUGGCGUCCUUCUCCUGUGA